UCCGGUAGUUAAAAAGAUGGCGGCGGAUGCUGAGGCCGCAGACAGCUUUGUGUAUUUCGCGCGGCUGUAGGUUUUCCCGCCGGUACACAACCGGAGAGCUCCGGUGCUGACGUCAUGAGGAGCGGGUCACCGCGCAGGGUUACCGGAUGCCUCGCGUGAACCGGACAGUCGUUCUAACGCUGCUGAUCGCCAGCAGCUCCGUGUUCCUGCUGUUCCAGCUGUAUUACUACCGGACAUACGUCAGCAAGCAGGCUGGUCCUCACAUCCUGAGCAGAACAGGUCAACUGACCGCCAGCGACGUCCAAUGGCAGACAGUGAAGAAGUUCCUGGCGUUAGCCCAGCGUUUCAGGCUGCCCAUGUUUCUCGCCGACACCGCAGCGCUCACAUUACUCUCCCAGGAUGCUUUGCGACAGCGUGACCGGCAGGUGCGGGAGCCGCACUGCAGCUUUCUCUGCACUGACCGGCCAAUCACAUCGUUCGCUGUGCACGCCAACCUGUGGAAGUAUGAUUCUGGCUUCCUAUUGGCUGUUGAGCAGAAAGGCUUUGAGCUGCUGCAGCUGCGGGGCGAGGAUCCCCGAUUGGCCAGCCUGGACAAUUUGUCAGGAGAGGACAUCCCCCUGCACUUCCUCUUCCGCCUCAACGGUUACAUCAUCCAGGUGGUCUUCCUGUACGAGCGAAGCGGGAACUAUCUGUGGCACGGAGCGCUACGUCUCAAAGCUAACAGGGACCGCAGCUUCGCACCUUUUAAACUGCUCGACUUCGGACGUCAUUCCGGAGCCUAUGACAGGCCAGAGCUGGUCCUGACUGUCCUGGAUGGCCUCGACAUUCAAGUCCCACGCAACGUUUCCCACUUCUUGUCCGAACAGCAACAUUCCCACUUCCUGGAGUGUCGUUAUCGUGAUGCUCGUAACUUCUUGCAGCUCUACCCUGAUGACACAUCUCCAACAGCGAUGGAUUUUCACAGAAAAGCAAAGUCGUUGCUUCAUUUAGCCGCUCGAACGCUCAAACAACUCAACAUCCCCUUCUGGCUCAGCAGCGGCACCUGUCUGGGCUGGUUCAGGCAAUGCAGUAUUAUUUCGUACAGUCGAGAUGUCGAUAUAGGGAUUUUUAUCGCAGACUUCCGGUGGGACAUCAUUGCAGCAUUCAGAGAUGCUGGACUGUCACUCAAACACAAGUUUGGAAAGGUGGAGGACAGUCUGGAGCUGUCAUUUGUAAGUGAGGAUGUCAAACUGGACAUUUUCUUCUUCUAUGAAGACGGAGACAUCGUCUGGAACGGAGGAACACAGGCGAAGAGCGGCAGGAAGUUCAAGUACAUCUUUCCUCGUUUCUCUCUUUGCUGGACGGAGCUUCUCGAGCUUAAAGUUCGUGUUCCGUGUGAAACCCUCGACUAUGUGACGGCCAAUUACGGUUCCUCCUGGAGCAUCCCAGUGAGGAGCUGGGACUGGAAGUCUUCGCCUAGCAACGUGCAAGAGAAUGGGGUGUGGUCUCGUGCGGAGUGGGUGGAGCUUAUCCAAGUUUACUGAGAGGAAACUACAAAAAGUUGGAAAAUAAGAUUAACACUGAAACUACGAAUAUAGUGGGGGAAACAGGAAGUUGAAUUUAUUUCUGUUAACCUCAUUAACUAAUAAACACUUACUGUUUAAAUCA